AUGCCUUCGUUAGGAAUAUCGUGCGUGCGCUAUUUGGUGUUUUUCUUCAAUUUCCUGUUCGCGAUCACCGGCCUGGUCGUCAUUAUUACGGGAGCCAUCAUCCAAUCGAAUUAUUACCAUUACUCGAACUUUGUCGGUGAUAAUUUCUGGACCGCCCCGAUCGUACUUAUCGUAAUCGGGUCCAUCAUCUUCGUGGUGGCAUGCUUCGGUUGUUGCGGUGCGGCCAAGGAAAGUCCUUGCAUGAUCAUCACGUUUUCGAUCUUUUUGGCGUUGGUGUUCCUGGCCGAAAUCGGUAUCGGCAUUGCCGGGUACUACAAGCACGAAGAGCUCAGCGGUAUACUGGAGAAGGGCUUCAACAAGACCCUCGAUAGCUACGCCACCGACAAGGGUGCCCAGGAAGCGUGGAAUCUCGUACAGUCGGAGAUGGUUUGCUGCGGCAUUAAGGGGCCGGAAGACUGGGAACCGAUCUAUAAGAACGAUACUGUACCGAGGGCUUGCUGCCACCGGAUGCCGAUCGGGGUGAACAAGUGCACCAGGGAGUACGCCUCGACGGAAGGAUGCUUCUCGAAGCUGUCGAACUAUCUGGGCUCGAAAUCGCUCAUUCUCGCUGGCAUUGGCAUCGGAUUGGCCAUUGUACAGCUGAUUGCUGUCUUGCUUGCCUGCUGCCUGUAUGGGUCAUUCCGCCGCCAGUACGAGACUGUCUAA